AUGGUUAGACCCAAUAUCCAAAUACCACCAGCUCCGGUGGCACCUUUCCCCGUUAAAGUAUCGAAAACUGCCGUUAUUCCUGGAUUUGGCCGUGGGUCUUCGGAUCUUGGGUUCCCAACUGCCAAUGUCAGCAUCAAAGACAGCAGUGCACUUCAAGACCUCGAGGCUGGUGUCUAUUUUGGAUAUGCAAAACUGUACAAGUCGGAAAACUUGAAGCUAGACGACAAGCGAGUGGAUAGAGUGGAUGGUAAGUCAUCUGUGGUUUUGAACUAUGGUCGUGAGCUACAGGAUACGGAUUUACACAUCUUUCCAAUGGUGAUGUCACUAGGAUGGAACCCUUACUACGGUAACAAGGAAAAGACGUGUGAGAUAUACAUCAUCCACGAAUUUUCCCAAAGUUUCUACGGUGCAGAUCUGAGUGCUGUCAUUUGUGGGUACCUUCGACCUGAAUUGGAUUAUGAGGGAAUCGAAGCAUUGAAGAAGGAUAUCCAACUCGAUGUUGACAUCGGAUUGGAGAACCUUGCUAAAGAGGGUUACGUGCAAUGUAAAUCUAUGUUAGAAUAG